AAAGGCAAACAAGAGGCUUGUCUGGGUGUGGACGUAAAAGGGGGCUGGGUGUAAGUGGGCGUAGGAGUUGUUUCUUAUGUUUGUGCAUUUAGACUCGCAGCUUGGAAUUAGGAUCAUUGACAGCAGGAGGAAAAGGACGUGGAAGAGACACGCAGCCGUCUAACAGAAGGUCAACAUGCUGGUUCUCAUCGCUCUCUCGGUUCUUCACAUCGCAGCCAUCAUCCUGCUGCUGGUGGCGACCAUCGACAAUGCCUGGUGGGUGACUUCUAACACGAGCACCGAUGUGUGGGGCCAGUGGGUGUUGACAGGCAACAAGUGGAACUUGACCGAUCUCCCAAGCUACUAUCCACAAAACUACCUCCACGCAGUGCAGGCCACCACCGUGCUCGCCUGCAUUUUCUCCAUCAUCGGCCUCUUCGUGUUCAUCGCUCAGCUCUUCACGCUCCCGAAGGGGAACAGGUUCACCAUCUCUGGCGUCUUUCAAGCCCUCGCCUGCCUGUUCAUCAUGAUCGCAGCAUCCAUCUACACGGACCGUUUCCACUUCGACCAGCACAACCUCGGCAACUACGGCCACAGCUUCAUCCUGGCGUGGAUCGCCUUCGGCUUGACGUUCAUCUCCUCCAUCGUUUACUUUGUGCUACGCAAGAAGUAGCGUGGAACAAGUUGGACACUGGAUCACACUCCACAUUGUUUGUUUUUUUGUUUGGAAAAGAUCUACUCCUCCAGCUACAAUCCUGUUUGUUUUCUUUGUUCCUUUAUUAAAUUUAAGCUGCUAGUGUAAACACAACAGACCUGUGGAUAUUUUUCACAUACACUUAACGUUUGACAGAGUCCUGCCUUCCGACGGUUCCUUCGACUAAUGAAGCAGGAGUCGAACUCGGCCGUAUCCCAGUGUGUUUUCAGCCCGGAGUCGGGCUGGCUUUCUUCAGGGCAUCUAAUGAUACGUUCUUUUGUUUUUGUCGUUCAAGCUGAACAGAGAAAUCCUUCAGGUUUAAGAUCAAUUCGAACUUAAUGAUUAGUUUGUCGUCGCGCAAGUCACUAUUUUCAAAGAGAUCAUAAAGCGUUCGACUGGCAGCAGUAUAACGAUGAUCAAUAAAUAUUCAAGUACAGUUUUUUUAUGUACUUUUACAUUUAUGAAUAUGUAUGCUGCAGUAGAUUUUUUAAAAAAGGGUAUUUUGUUAUUUUCUUUGAUGUUUUUGCAUUACUUUAUUGUUAGUUUAUCAAUUUUUUUCCGUCUUCUCUAAUAAAAGACGUUCUCUAACUUUAUAAUGCUGAACUAAUAUGAUCCAAAAGGCCUUAGAUUAAUUUAUGCUCCUCUAAAAACAUUAUAGAUAUUGGAAUAAAAGAUAUUUGUAAUUAUAGGAGAGACUAAAUUUGAGAAAAAUCCAAAUUUUGUGCAGAAACACGGUUAAAAUCUUCCCACAAAAGCAACCCGAAGCCUGAGACACGAUGUGUAAAUAGGAUUUCUUCCCAGCAAAGCUCCGUGUGUCUGAUGUUGUUUAUUUUUGCUACAUGAAUGAUCAUAACAGUGAUUUUUUUGAAAUAAUAAAACUUUUCAUUUUCA